UGCAGUAGCCGAAAUCAAUAAUUGACAUGGAUUAUCUUCCCUUAAAAUUUAUAAAUCUCCAAGGAAAUGGAUAAUUGACAUGGGGCAUCUUUGAUAUAGGUAGUGUUUUGUUUUGUCUUUGAAUUUAGAUGAAAUGACGUGAGUGCAGCGCUCCGAAUUUCGAAUGAAUUAUUGAGAAUCAAUGGAGUGGGAUGAGAUUUGCUCGCUGUUGUUUUGACAUGGCUCCGAACAAGCAAGAUAUAUCGCGCAGUUCUCCAACCAUACUAGGAGGUCUGUUUUCAGAGCAAACGUUUCAUCAGGCGAAGUUAUCCAAUCCAACUAAAUACUUGCGUUGGCAUGAUAACGGAAUUAAUGAAGGGGAAUACUUGUGUAUAGAGAAACAUGGCACAAAUCUAGGGAAAUAUUUAUGUUUGUGGGGUUUAGAAGAACAACGUCAAUUUAAAGCUGGGUUCAAGGUGGUCUAUAUCAAUGCCUAUUCACAACACAAGAUUACUACGGACUUGAAAACUUUUAUGACAUCUUGGCUGUUACCUGAAGGCUAUCCGGAUAGUGUGGCCUCAUCAUAUGGGUCAUACAUGCAAUGGCGAGCCCUCCAGCAUUUCUUUGGAGGUGUCAUUAGUGUUUUUACGACACACUCAUUGCUUCAUGCAUUGGGUGUCUCAAGUAAGGGGAGUACUUCUCUAGCCAUUAAUUGGGUGAUAAAGGAUGGAGCAGGCAGGAUUGGAAAGUUACUAUAUGCAAGAAAGGGAAAGAAGUUUGAUUGCAAUUUAAAGCAGUUGCGUUUCACAGGACAUAUUCUAAUGGAGGUAGGAGCUUUAGUGGAGCUGGCAACUUCAAUAGCUCCCUCACUUUUUCUACCUCUUGCAUGUGCAGCAAAUGUGGUUAAGAAUAUUGCUGCUGUAUCCUCAACAUCAACUCGUGCUCCCAUCUAUAAGGCUUUUGCGCUCAAAGAAAACAUAGGGGAUAUUACAGCGAAAGGAGAAUCCACAAGUAAUAUAGCAGAUUUGCUAGGAACAGGUCUUGGCAUUCUCAUUUCUGGAAAUAGUAAGCAGAUACUGCCAACAUUUAUCUUACUAUCUUGUGGCUAUGUUUUCUCUUCAUAUCAGGAGGUGAAAGCUGUGAUACUGCCCACGAUGAACCAAGAAAGAUUUGGGGUGUCAGUUCAGCAUUUUCUUAAUACAGGUCAGGUACCGUCUGUUUAUGAAGCAAACAGUAAAGAAUGCAUUUUCACAUUUCCUUGGCCUCGGCAGAUGGAUGUAGAGCUUGGGGCACGUGUUGCUGAUGCUUUCCAAAACUCUAGGGAAUUUCUUUCAGCCAAAGCUAUGUUUAAGGAUAAAAAUUACCUCAUCACAUUUAAUAGAAGAAGAAAACGAGCAUAUGUUGUUCUUAAAGAAGCUGCUACUUCGGAGGAUGUUAUGGAAGGGGCUUUUCAGGCAUAUAUGCUGUUGCAUAUUUUGGACAGGGCAUCUCAGAAGAGUUGUAAAAGAAGUACCAUUGAAAAUAUUUUUGAUAAUACUUUGUGUGCUAUGGAUGCUGAAUUGCUGGCAGAAGGUGCUAUUGGGUCUGCAAUAUUCUCAAGUUGCAAAAACUCUUCGGCUCAUUAUAAAAUAUUCAAGGAAAAGGCUGCAAUUCAGGGUUGGAUAGUUAGAGAUUCUCUUCUUAAUCCUGGGGGUGUAAGACUUGAAAUUUCUUGAAAUUAAUUUUGUCAUCCUCUCAGAAUCCUUGGUUUUAAGAAUUUGAUUUCCACAAUACAAUAAUUUCCCUGGUAGUGCAACAACAAUAGACGUGAUUUUGAGAGAUCUUUUUACCACCUCUACACUCUGAACACUUUGAAGUUGAAUUUUUAGCUCAUUUGUUAAAAUUUCAGAUAUAAAUUUAUGCUAAAAUGCAAUGUCAUAGCUUUCUUUCACCUAAAAACUUAAAUCUUAAUGAUACGUAAACA